UGAGUGGGGGAAAUGAAGAAAUGAUUAAGGACAAUCCCUGCACACAAAGACAAUUAUGAACAUCACUAAACCACAUUACGUUCACCGCAAGCUCAACCUGGGCAUUUCCAUAAAAACCAGUGACUGCUUAUGAAUAAAAGGUGAAGAAAACAGUGUCAAGAAUCUCACAGGAGACCCCUUCUACUGCUUCCAGAGCGAUAGAUUGUGGAGUUUCUUUCUUCUUCAGUAUCUCGGAGAAAUGGAGGGUUUGGCGUUUGGAUCUUGGCGGAGAGUUGCUGCUGCUGCUGCGUUUGGGGUAUUUUUGGGAUUCUCUUGUUUCACUUUCACUUCAACAGAAGCUUACGACGCUCUCGACCCUAACGGGAACAUCACAGUAAAAUGGGAUAUCAUUAGUUGGACACCUGAUGGCUACAUUGCGGUUGUUACAAUGUUCAAUUUCCAGCAUUAUCGGCACAUCCAGUUGCCGGGAUGGACUCUGGGCUGGACGUGGGCGAAGAAGGAAGUGAUCUGGAGCAUGAUGGGCGGGCAGACGACCGAGCAGGGAGAUUGCUCGAAAUAUAAAGGAAACAUACCACAUUGUUGUAAGAAGGAUCCAACAGUCGUGGACUUGCUGCCCGGAACUCCUUACAACCAGCAGAUCGCGAAUUGUUGCAAAGGAGGCGUAAUAAGUUCGUGGACGCAAGAUCCCGCUAAUGCAGCCAGCGCUUUCCAGAUCAGUGUCGGCGCUGCUGGAACCACCAAUAAGACCGUUAGGGUGCCUAAGAAUUUCACCCUUAAAGCGCCGGGCCCUGGCUACACAUGCGGGCCUGUAAAAGUCGGGAAGCCCACCAAGUUCAUAAGCCCGGACGGCAGACGAGUUACGCAGGCGAUGAUGACGUGGAAUGUUACUUGCACGUACUCGCAGUUUCUUGCGCAAAAAACUCCGACUUGCUGUGUUUCACUGUCGUCUUUCUACAACGACACGAUCGUUCCCUGCCCGACCUGCACUUGUGGAUGCCAAAACAACCGAACUCAGCCAGGAAGUUGCGUAAACCCCGAUUCGCCGUACCUCGCCUCAGUCGUUUCGGAGCACAAGAAGAGUAACAGCUUGGCGCCUUUAAUCCAAUGCACGAAGCACAUGUGCCCGAUUCGUGUCCAUUGGCACGUAAAAGUUAGCUACAAGGAAUACUGGCGCGUCAAGGUGUCGAUAACAAACUUCAAUUACCGAAUGAACUACACUCAAUGGAACUUAGUCGUCCAGCACCCCAACUUCAACAAUUUAACACAAAUAUUCAGCUUCAACUACAAGCCGCUGACUCCCUACCAAACUAUAAACGAUACAGCGAUCUUGUGGGGCGUGAAAUUCUACAACGACUUGCUGAUGCAUGCGGGGCCUCAAGGAAACGUGCAGUCCGAGCUUCUGUUUCGAAAGGAGAAAUCGAGUUUCACUUUAGACAAAGGGUGGGCUUUCCCGCGGAGAAUCUACUUCAACGGCGACAACUGCGUCAUGCCGCCUCCCGACUCUUACCCGUAUCUGCCUAGUUCCGGUACGCGGCGGCGAAACCUUUUCCUUGUGGCUCUGUUGUUGUCUUUGGCAUUAAUGCCACUGUGAAUGCGAUCGAGAAUUAACGGUCCUGUCGUCGUGAAGCAGCAGUAGAUGAGCUUUGGUAUGUAAAAUGUAGGAAUUUAAUGGUGCAAGAAGAGAAGCAGAGAAUCCAUAUUUCCGACAGCAUUCGUAUAGUUCACCUAACCGCAUGCAUGUAAUGUUGGUGAAUUAAUGGUCUUCCUAAUCCUAUUGGAUUUACCACGUAUAAAACACUAUUAUUAUUAUUGUUAAAUUUAUGUCA